GUAUCACCCGGGAAAUCCCAAAUAGCGGCGCAUUGCGCACUCAAGUGCGCAUUUUAGCAUGACCCAAAGGAGUAUAUAAUAAGCCCAACGUUAAAACCGUCCACAACACUCCCUCCUCUUAUUUUCUCUCUUUCUCUCUCUCUAAAUUUUCCCAUCGGAAAAUCAAAUUUUCCGGCCAUUUUUCUCAGCAACCAAACACUACUUUUCACGAUCCAAAAACCCUAGAAUCAUCAAAUUACUCAACUUUUCUCUCUCACGUAGCUCUGAUCCGAAGAAUCUUUUUCCGUUUGAUGGUUUGCGUGAGGGAAGGUGACUCACAGCAACGAGUGUUGAAGACAUCGUCGGUUUCCAUGGCGGUUGCACCGGCGAGAACGAAGCCUCUACACAAUUUCGAUCUUCCUUGCUUGAAAUGGGGGAAUCAGAAGUACCUGAGGUGUAUGAGGGAUGAUUCGAACGGUGGCGGCGGCGGCGUAACCGGCGGCGAGAUUGAUCGGCGAUCUGAUUCGUUGAGAUUUCAGAGCUCUUUGAACAAUCGUAGGAGGGAAUCUGAGUCUGAGAAACGUAAGUUUCGUUCUCCUAAACCUGUUUUUCAGGAUAAUGACGGCAAAGAAGGGAUCGCGGCGAUGAGCGAGAAACUCAUCUUGGAGUUGAAAACUGUGUCGGAGAAGUUAAAUGAUGAGCUUUUAGCGGAGAGAGACGCUGAAGCCGAGAAACAAUCGGCUCAAUCUGGUUCGAUGCCGCCGCGUAAGCUCAGGGCAAGGAAGGUUUCGCUUAGUCUUGAGGUUGAAGAAGCUCAGGGUUUUAAUAAGAACUCUGGAAUCGAAGAGAUUAAGGCGAAUUACUCACCGUUGAGAAGUGAGACGAACAAUGGGGUUAAGUUGACGAGACAGGUCAGAGGGUUAUCGCCACCGGAGAAUAAAGAGAGAGUCAAAUUCUCGGCUAAGCUUGCGAAGAAAGAGAUCGAAGAAGAUUUCAUCUCUCUAUUAGGUCACAAACCUCCUCGCCGACCUAAGAAGCGACCAAGGAACGUUCAGAGGCAAUUGGAUUGUUUGUUUCCGGGUAUGUUUUUGAAUGAGAUUACAAUUGAUACCUACAAAGUUCCUGAUGAGACUGAAACUGGAAAGAGAUAGCAAUGAGAAUGAGAUGAAUUUUCAAAAAGGUUUUGUUCUCUGCACUGUGGUGGUGGGAAUUUGAUGAGAGUAUCAAUUUGGUGGUGUAAUGUUUUAGUUAAAUGCUAAUUUUGAUUAUUAAUUAUAAUUCAUUUUUCUCUUUUAUUGUUCUUAAUAAUUGUAUAAAGAAAAACUCUUAUUCAUAAUAUUGAAGAUAUAAAAACUAAAAGUUCUUUAA